AUUGGAGCUACAACACAGACAAGCGGGCUAGUUACUACAAGGACUCUGAUCUGAUCUUCCAGAUGUUUGAAGAGACUCUAAUUUACAAAUCGCUCUCAUGCCUACAAUCUUUGGAAGGAGAACAGAAGUAUUUCCACUGAUCAGAGCAUCUAAAAGAAAGCUCCUGCUCGCAUAGCUGAUACGCCACCUACUGCAAAGCCCAGCUGACAGCGCAGGCGAUGCUGCCAGCACUUCCAUUCCAUCGUCAGGCUGAGACGGAAUAAAGGCGUGCUUGUAUGGAAGUGUUUCUUUUUUAAAAGAAGUCUCCAAGCCAAGAAGAACGAGCUGAAAUAGCAUCCUGAAAAAUGGAGCGUAAAAUAAUCAGAAGAGAAAAGGAAAGGGAGUAUGAAGGGAAACACAACAGUCUGGAGGAUGCUGACCAAGGCAAGAACUGCAAAUCUACCUUGAUGACUCUCAACGUUGGUGGAUACUUAUACAUUACUCAAAAGCAGACACUGACCAAGUACCCAGACACUUUCCUUGAAGGUAUAGUAAAUGGAAAAAUCCUCUGCCCAUUUGAUGCCGAUGGUCAUUACUUCAUAGACAGGGAUGGGCUCCUCUUCAGGCAUGUCCUAAACUUCCUACGAAAUGGAGAACUUCUAUUGCCUGAAGGGUUUCGAGAAAAUCAACUUCUUGCCCAAGAAGCAGAAUUCUUUCAGCUCAAGGGACUGGCAGAGGAAGUGAAAUCCAGGUGGGAAAAAGAACAGCUAACACCCCGAGAGACUACUUUCUUGGAAAUAACAGAUAACCACGAUCGUUCACAAGGACUGAGGAUCUUCUGUAAUGCUCCUGACUUCAUAUCAAAAAUAAAAUCUCGCAUUGUUCUGGUGUCCAAAAGCAGGCUGGAUGGAUUUCCAGAGGAGUUCUCAGUAUCGUCAAAUAUCAUUCAAUUUAAAUACUUCAUAAAAUCUGAAAAUGGCACUCGACUUGUACUAAAGGAAGACAACACCUUUGUCUGUACCCUGGAAACUCUCAAGUUUGAGGCCAUAAUGAUGGCUUUAAAGUGUGGUUUUAGACUGCUGACCAGCCUGGAUUGCUCCAAAGGGUCAAUUGUUCACAGCGAUGCACUUCAUUUUAUCAAGUAAUUACCUGUCUCGUGAACAAAGGCAACAAGCAUGCAGCCAGCAAGCUUCGGAAACCACAGCAUCAAAGGCAUCCCAAACAGCGUGGCCAGUGGGCUCUGUACUCCAGAGCCCUGCUGCUAAUCAAGUAACUGAGCAUACGGUAUGUAAAUCUAUGGCUAAAGAUGUCCUUCUCUGGGGUGUUCCUGCCCAUCAGACUCUUCCACCCAAAGGGGAAACAGUAGUCUUCUAUACACUGUAAAUAAAGACAAUGCUUUUGCUGUUUAUUUUUCCUUAAGCUUUCAAUCAGAAUGAUUUGAGUACUUGCACAAAAAGAAAAAAGAAAACAAAAACAAGCAUGUAUAUUAUCUAUCAUUCACUAAAGUAAAUGGCAACAAAAUAUUUUUACGGUUCAAAUUCCUUUCUACUUUAAGCAAAAAUCUACAAAGAAACCGAAAUGGUAAAAUAAACACCGGGAGCAAAAUAGACCUAAACAGGGCUACCCUGAAACAUAACUGGAUUAUAAAGAGAUAUUGAAGCUACUAAUAUGAUUUUUUAAUAGCAAGCACCAAAAGCUUUAUUAUAGUUCCUGUAUUUCAUACUAGAAUUAUAGCUAAAUUGUUAUUUUGCUGGAAAUGCCUAGAAAAAUGCUUGACGACAAUAAAAAGAAAAAUAAGUAAAAUCACUGCUAGCUUCUUUGCUUGUAUUAAUAUUUGUAAUAAAAGUUACAUGGCCUACUUUAAAAACAACUAGUGUCACUUGAUUUUGCACAAUAGUAUGCACUGAUGCUAUCAACUGGCAAGCUACACCCACACUUAAUUUUUGCAAGGGACAAAGAUUAGCAAGUGCAUUUCUCUGCACGCUGCUCCAGCAAGGCAGGGGUAACUUGGUCUCAACUGAGUGCAUGGUAUUGGAAUUUUAAGAGCCAAUGUUCA